UUUUUCUUUUUCUAUAAAUGUUCUUACCGGGGAUCAGUGAGUGAGACGAUCUCUGGAUAAGAUCGGUGGGCCUCCUCUACUUGGUACGUCGGCUACUCCGAAGUGGGGGUGGUACCUGUAAAAGAGACUCCAAUGCUUAAGUUAGUUUUGGAUAGUGUAGGCGUCUCAUAUAUGUAGUGCACGUACCUUAGUAUGAAUUAGGAUUUGUCUAGGCCUGAGGUUGGUUGUGGCCCAUUUAGAUAGUGGGCUUUUGUUUUGGCUGAUGUCUUGUAGCACUCAUCCGAAGUAGUGGAGGGCUCAGCGCCGAUUUCAAGCUCAGUGCUUGGCGCAGAUAGUACACUAGCCCCCCGAGCUCUAAAGACCUCGGGUCGAAGAGUUAAUUGUUGGGCAUGUGGGGGGUUGUGACCUUUCAUUCCUGCCUUUUGAGCGAAGCGCCACGUAUCACGAAGUGUUGCCUCGUUUCUCGAAACGUCAAAGCGGCUUGUAAUGAAGAAUGGCGGCUCGUAAUGAUGGGAUGCACCCUGUCAUUAAGAGCUCCAUUUAAUGCCCCGUCCCUUUUUACGUUUUUUGCUUCUUUUUUUUUUUUUUUUUAAACACUUGGUCUCUCUCUUCUUCCCACUUUUGCGCCUUUACACAUUUAGCUUCCCCCUUAUGCUAGUCCUUCCUUUGCGCAUUUCUCUUCUUCGCCUUCCUUCACUGUUCUUACCCUUUUGCCUUCUCCGUCGCCCUAAGUGUUGUUUUUGUCGCUCUCAGUGCUUUCAUUGCACUAUCAUUGUUGCCAGUCUUUGUUCUUCGAGGGUUGUUUGUGGCAGGUAUCCCCUUUGCCCUCUCCUUCACUCUUCCCCUUUUCUAGUUUUCUUCGUUUUCAAUGGCUAGGGAGGGAGAGAAUGUUGUGCCUUCCAAAGGUAAGGGCAAGGCACGCGACAAGGCGGCGGCCAGGGAAAUGGUCGGUGCUGAAAAGAAAAGGGGUGGGAACAACCCUAAGGAUUCUCACCCCAUUAUUUCUGUCUCGGGGUACGAAUGGGUCAGGGGGGACGUUGGGGAGUUCGAGAGUCGAUUUAGGGCAUUUCUAGAUGUUAACGCCAUGUGAAAAAUGCUAAAAUUUUGUAGUUCAAAAAUUUCCAAGGUCAUUCGGGUUGAGCCUUGCCAGCUCGGUGAGCGUGUUUAUAUGGCGGGUACCCCGAAUACCCCAUUUUUCUACAUGUACGAGGGUUUUUUUUGGGAUCUCGGUGUUUGCUUGCCAUUCACCGAGUUUGAGUGAGCCUUCCUCCAGUUUGUUAAUGUGGCCCCCUACUAGUUGCACCCCAAUAGUUGGGGUUUCUUAAGGGCGUUUCAAGUUUUGUGUUCAGCCCUAGGAAUGGGUGUGUCUCUGCCUAUUUUCUUGCACUUCUACCAACUGAAGUUGGGCGAGCCUCCCCUAGGUUUGGUGUCUCUCAGUGGGAGUAAAGGCUGGGGGGUUUUUCCAGCUUUACUCCCAAUCGUAUAAAAAUUUCAAAAAAGAGUUUUUCUGGAUCUGACCUGUGGUUUCCGAUCCAAGGGAGGAGGUGGUUUUCCAUAGUGAGGGGGAGUCGAGGUUCCCUUUCUUUUGGAAACGAAGCCCAGUCAAGUUCAAUGGGUCGAGUUGUCUUCAAUUGUAGGAUUCUAACAAGGAUAACAUCGUCAAAUUGGCCGAGCUUCCAUGCCCACUGGACAACAAACUCGUCUUUUCCCUUGCCAAUUUGACUGAUAAAGAAAGGGGUUUAGAGAGUGAGUACUUCAUUGUUUUCCCUUUGUCUCUUUUUUGUUGCUUCUAGCGAUGUUCUGAUGUGUUAUGUUGUUUUAUGUUUGCAGGUCUAAUGGGGAAAAGCAAGUGGCAUGAAUUGAAGGCGAAAUUCAACACCGAGGAGCUCGAGGUGCCCGAGCCUGGUGAGAAAGUUGCCCCGUUGGAGACUCGUCGUAAGAGGAAGAGGGCACAAAAGGAGGUCAGCGAGGCUUCGGGUGCCCCCGUUCUUGAGGAGGUGACGUCAAAAGCCGUCGAUGCCACCCCCAUGGAUUUGACCGAGAGUCCUCAGGCUAGGACUUCGCCGAGGGAGCCUGUGGUGGAGGCUACCCCGGGGGGACAGGUGGGUCCGAUGCCUUCCUCUGCCGAGGUUCACGGGGAAGGAUCAAGUUCUGGGGUGCCGCGAUUGGCUCCUUCCGCCACUACGCCUCCUCCUCUAGGUGCUCCGAGACCGAGGUGCAUCGUGCAACGCUUCAAUGUCAAACAUCUGAUAUCAAGGCUGGAUCACGUAAGUGUAUCGCCGGACGUGACAUCGCUGUGGAGUUCGAGCAUGACUGCUAAGGCAUUUUUUAAGGAGGACCCGACCUUCAGGGCUAUAGUGGACCACUGGAGGCGCAAGUGGUCGAGGCUUCAGGGCGAGCUGGAGAAGGCGAAGAAAGAUGAAGCCGAGCUUCAAACCCUGAGGAGAGAUCUCUCAAAGACUCGUAAGUCUUUGGAGAUUGCCCUGGAGGCCAAUGAGGUGUACACCACCGAUGUUGGUAGCUUGCAAGAGGUUGCCAAGGUUUGCAAGGCCGAGGCAGAGAUUGCGCGGAGCUGGGUUCUCUCCUUGGAGGAGAACGCGGUGUUGAAGGCUGACUUGGGGGAGGCCGCAGAGAGGCGUCUUUGUGACGAGGUUCUUCUGGCUGGUCGGGAGGAGGAAAUUGGCUCCCUAAAAAUGGAUCUCGAUGUGAUGACCUUUGAAAAGAGAAAUUUGGAGAAGAGGCUUAACGAGACUGAGCGGGCCGUUGUGGUGGAGCAUCGUCGAGGCUUCGCCAAGGCAGUUCGCCAAGCUAGGCUUCUGGCGGGAGAGGUUGAUCUUUCUGCCAUGCACAUUGAUAAAGGUGUGCGAGGUGGGCAAUUGGUUAAUGAAGAUGACCUGUCCGAAAGUGCUAGCGAGGACACUGCUGCCUAGGCCUUCAUUUUUCUUUGUGCUUUUUGUAAUUUAUUUUGCUUUCUUGUAGCCUUGUGUUGAACUCAUUUCCCUUUGGUUGAAUUUUCUAUAUAUAUAUAUAUGUUGUUUUUCUCAUUGUUGU